AUGAAAAUUAUGUACAAUUCAACCGAUGAGGAAUUAUUACAAAUCGACGAUUGUAUUGAUACGUGGUCAACAAGAAUGGCAAGUGCAAGCGAUUUUCAACGUUUAUAUAAUGCUUCUUCAGCUAAUCUAACAAAGAUUAGUAAUAAUGUUACGGAUCUUGAAAAAAUUGUUCAAAAAUUAGGUACACCAGAAGAUAGUGAACCAUUACGUGAACGCUAUCAUCGUCUCCAAAAUGAAACAAAAAUUUUAAUGCAACAAACAAAUAAUGCAUUUCAAGAACUUAAUAAUACUCGUGUAUUAACUGAAGCUGAUCAGAGACGUAAAAAAACAUUAACUGAAAACUUUCCAAACCAAUAUUUAGCAACAUUAAAUCGUUUUCAAGAAGCACAACGUAUUGGCGCACAAAAAGAAAAAGAAAGUCUUAAUCGUGUACGAGCUAUUUCAUUUCGUCAACAUGGAAUAUCAGACUCACAAUUUGCUAAUGACUUUUUUGGGAAACCAACACAUGAUCAAUUUCAAAGACAAGCUGUUUUAUCUAUUGAACAAGAAGUUGAUAUGAGAGAAUUAAGAGAACGUGAUGAACAAAUACGUGAACUUGAGGUAAAAAAUAAACUUGAAUAUUUAAAAAUGAAAAAUGAUUCAAAACUAUGCUAUACAUACAAAGUUAAUUGUUUUUAUGUUAACAGAGCAUCAGGAUUUUAUAUGAGAUAA